GUGCGUGUGUGUGUGUGUGUGUGUGUGUGUGUGUGUGUGUGUGUGUGUGUGUGUGUGUGUGUGUGUGUGUGUGCGUGCGCGUGUGUGUUAGAACCAGCCUACCCCCAGUGAGGUGGUGCAGUGGUCCAACCACCGGGUGAUGGAGUGGCUGCGCUCGGUGGACCUGGCGGAGUACGCCCCCAACCUCAGGGGCAGCGGCGUGCACGGGGGCCUCAUUAUCCUGGAGCCACGGUUCACCUCGGACACGCUGGCCCUGCUGCUGAACAUCCCCCCCCAGAAGACCCUCCUCCGACGCCACCUGGCCUCCAACUUUGGCAGCCUGGUGGGGGGGCAGGCGGAGCGGGAGAAGAGGGAGUACAUGGGGGCCGCCGGCUACACCCCCCUCAGCACCACCGCCAAGAUCAGGCCGAAGAAGCUGGUCUUCUCCAACCUGACCCACCUCAGGAGACGACGUCCCGGCGACUCCACCGACUACAUCUGCCCCCUGGACUCCUCCCUGCCUGCCUCCAUGCCCCCGGCCUCCUCCAUGGCCUCCUCCAUGGCCCCCUCCGUCACCUCCUCCGUCACCUCCUCCGUCUCCUCCGCCGUCUCCCGGCCCGCCGCCAACGGGUCCCCGGGGCCGUCCUACGCCGCCUCCCGGGGCCUCAGCCCCGUCCUGGACCGGGAGCCCGGCCCCCGCGCCGCCCAGCAGGUGGGGCCCGGCGACAGUUGACCUGUGGCAUCGCCACGGUGACGGUCGCCACGUCACUCGGAGCGCCAUCGCAACCGAGCCCGCCAAUCCCUCUUGACAGUACUAAGACGGCGUCAUCACUACCACUACCACUGCUACCACCUUCUGCUUCUAAUCCCAUCAUACCGCCGUGACAAUUCCUCGCGCGCCUCCUCCCGGUGUUCCCGACCUACCCCUCCGACCUCCCCUCCCCGCCGACCCUGUGCCUUGGGAUCUGCUCUCAUCUUUUCUAUUUCGAAGGGAAACCCCUUCCUUGAUUGAUCAUGAGAGACACGGUUCCCUCCCGUGAAGGCUUUACUGUAAACCUUGCAUACCUCAAACAUAACAAAAGUCAUUCCUACCCGACCUGCUCCAGCCUGGACUGACCCCCCCCCCCCCCCCCUGACCCCCCCCCCCCCCCCCCCCCCCCCCCUCCGUCGUGACCUGUGAACGACGUAGAUGUAGAGCGUCUCCAUAGACUCUAACAAUCCCGUUCAUGUACGAUUACAUUUUGGACAUCCAUUUCUGUAUGACCUAUGUGGGUUGGGCUGAUAGUUCUUGCCUAUCUCUGCACCCUUGCUAUAUCUAUUUUGUAAUUGUGUGUGUAAUUCAGCCACAGAGUUCAUUUUAAACAAAUGUAUUGUCCAACUAGUUCUGUAUUGUGGAACUAGGACACAGAGUUGAAGAAAUGAGCCGCGUGCAAUAUUUGCAUACUUUUUUAAGAGGGAUUUUAUUUAAUAUUUAUGUGAGCACAAAAUAAAUGAGAGGAACAGAUAUAUGACACAGUGUGUAAGCUGAAAACAUUUAUUUUGUACUUUGAUUUUCAUAUUUGAUUGUUAUAGUAUUUUUAUAGGUAAAAAAAUACUCCUUCAAUAAAAGAGGCUGUCCUGUGGUAAUGGUAGAUGUAAAUCAAUAAAUAUAUAUCCUACCCCUUUGA